CUUUUUAAACCCUGUUUCUAAAGAGAUCUUCGGCUUGAUAAAUCAAAGUUCUUCCCCAUAGAACUUUCGCCACAAAGAGGAAGUGACAUUGGUGUAAAAAAACAGGAAAUCGAGAUGGAACAUGCCACCUGCAGCGAAUCAAUAGAAACACUGUUUUUCAUUUUAUUCGGAGUUCUAGGUGUGAUAAUCCUAACUGGAAAUAUUUUCGCUUGUGUGGUGUUCCUAACCACAGCCAAACUCCGUGGAAGUAAUAUGAACAUUCUUCUUGUCAGUCUCGCCACUUGGGAUAUACUCAUGUCCGUUUUCGUGGUUCCAUUUUACGCUGUUUUCUGUGGUCUUGGAUGCGAAAAAGCCCUGAAAAGCUAUUGCUGGCUUAUGCGAGGGGCAAAGGACUGCGUCAAGAUAGGCACUACCCUUAACUUGUAUGCUAUUACGUACGAUCGCUAUGUUGCAGUAUUGCAGCCACUUCGAUAUAAAUCGAAGGUUACUUCGACAAGAGUAAUUGAACAGAAUUUCGGAAAGCCGCGUUUUCUUUGUUAAGAUGGCGCCUUGUAACUAAAAGGGCGGAGUCGAUGACGUCAACACCUCGGACCCAGUCUUUUCUUGCGGAAACUGCAAAAGUUGCAACUGUAGAGCUUAUGCGUUUUAGGAAGAAGUCGGAAGAGCUCAGA